UUGACCCCAACAAGGAACGUCGGGAGGCCGUGAAGCGAAAGAUCACGCAGUACCUGAGGCGCGCAGAGGAAAUCUUCAACUGCCACCUCCAGCGGGCUGCGGGGGGUGACAGCCCCACCGCCACGGGUUACAGCAGCCUGCGCUUCCGGCCGAUCAGGACGCUGAGCUCAGCAGUGGAGAACCUGAGACGGUGCAAGGUUGUGGGAGUGAUCGAUAAGGUGCAGAUCGUCCAGGAUCCAGCCACUGGUGGGACCUUUAUACUUAAGAGCCUCCCCAAAUCCCAUAUUGAGACCCGAGAGCGACAGACCAUCAUCCCUCAUGGGGUCCCCUUCAUGGUCAAGCUGUUGUGCUACUAUGUGACUGAGGACUCCAUCUUCCUCCACCUGGAGCAUGUGCAGGGGGACACCUUGUGGUCUCACCUCCAAUCCAAGUACUGUGUCCACCAGAGCUCUGCCGAUUCAAACACCAUUCAAGCCCUGAGGGACUGCAGCAGAGAGGGUGGUGUCACAAGCUCUCAGGGCAGCAGCCAUGUCUCCAUCUUCUCCACUUGGACAGACAAUGGCCUUCCAGGCUCCAUGACCCACCGAGUUUUGGGAAACACUGAUGCCUCGCCUCCUUGGGAGCAGUCUGCUGACCCUGCAGACCCCAGCUCAGGGAACCACUGCCAACUUUGCCUGGGUCCCACCAGUGGCUCCAGGGCUGUGUCCAGAGGGCAGGAUCUAAGUGUGGCACAGGCUCUGUCUGGCAUCGUGGACCAUGUUCCAGCAGCACCAGCCAAAGACCCCAGCCACCUUACCAGCCAGGGCCUGGUCAUCUACCCCUGGGACGCUCUAACCAGGGGCGUGGGCUCCCAACAAGAUCCCAGGCUUCCUCAGACACCUGUCCCUGUACCGAAGACUGUGAGAGGGGGGCAGCCAGGGGCAGGGAAGCUGCCCUCUCAGCAAGUGUCUGAGGUCCCCUGGGCUCGGCCCCUCCUGACCUCAGGUCAGAGGCAGCUCCAUGCAGGAGUUGCCCUGUCCAGCCCUGCCAAGCCCCAUGGGCCUGACCCAGCAGUGUGGAAGCCCCUGCAGGGAACAAGCCUGACCUGGGGCCGACCCAGCCGGCAGCCAUCAUCGGAACGGUCCGGGGCUUUGGCUUCCCAUGGCCACAGCCAGAGAGCGUGGGCUGUGAAGGAGGAGCAGGUGCAGCUGUGGGCAGCAGAAAUCCUCCUGGCCUUAGAGGGACUUCACCAACAGGGUAUAUUGUGCCGGGACCUUAACCCCAGGAACCUGCUACUUGAUGCAGCUGGUCAUGUCCGUCUCACCUUCUUUGGCCAGUGGACAGAGGUGGAGCCCCAGUGCUGCAGUCAGGCACGGGAAAAACUGUACAGUGCCCCAGAAGUGGGAGGGAUCACAGAGGCCACCGAGGCAGCUGACUGCUGGAGCUUUGGCUCUCUCCUGUAUGAGCUGCUGACAGGAGUGCCACUGUCCCAAAACCACCCUUCAGGGAUUCAACCUCACACCCAGCUGUACCUGCCAGAGGGGCUCAGCCUGGAUGCUACAUCGCUGCUCACCGAGCUUCUGCAGUACAACCCGAAGCGGCGCUUGGGCUCUGGAGGAGGUGGCAUGGUGAAGCUGAAGUCCCACUCCUUCUUCAGCGGCGUCCCCUGGAACAAGCUGGUGGGCUAG